AUGGUCCUCAAGACAAGUGGCCCCAAGGCAGGUGGCCCCAAGACAGGUGGCCCCAAGACAGGUGGCCCCAAGGCAGGUGGCCCCAAGGCAGGUGGCCCCAAGACAAGUGGCCCCAAGGCAGGUGGCCCUAAGACAGGUGGCCCCAAGGCAGGUGGCCCCAAGGUAGGUGGCCUCAAGACAAGUGGCCCCAAGGCAGGUGGCCCCAAGACAGGUGGCCCCAAGGCAGGUGGCCCCAAGGCAGGUGGCCCCAAGGUAGGUGGCCUCAAGACAAGUGGCCCCAAGGCAGGUGGCCCCAAGACAGGUGGCCCCAAGGCAGGUGGCCCCAAGGCAGGUGGCCCCAAGGCAGGUGGCCCCAAGGCAGGUGGCCACAAGACAAGUGGCCCCAAGGCAGGUGGCCCCAAGGCAGGUGGCCCCAAGGCAGGUGGCCCCAAGACAGGUGGCCCCAAGGCAGGUGGCCUCAAGACAAGUGGCCCCAAGGCAGGUGGCCCCAAAGCAGGUGGCCCCAAGGCAGGUGGCCUCAAGGCAGGUGGCCUCAAGACAAGUGGCCCCAAGGCAGGUGGCCCCAAGGCAGGUGGCCCCAAGGCAGGUGGCCCCAAGACAGGUGGCCCCAAGGCAGGUGGCCCCAAGGCAGGUGGCCCCAAGGCAGGUGGCCCCAAGACCGGUGAGAAGAAGAACUGUGUGCAAACCAUGUCCCAAAAUAUUCUAAUGAGCCCCCGCCUCAACACUAUGAAGUAG